CCCCCGCUUGCCUCCUUUUCCUGCCAGCCCGGCCCCUUCCCCCCAUCACGAAGGCGGAGUGAGAGGGAGCCGCCCCUGACCUCUCUUGGACUCCUAUUUACCUCCCCGGAGGGACCUCACACCUGACCACCCUUGACCUGGCUUCUCACCUUCUUACCGUCUUUUUGCACCUAUUUCACUGUAAUGCGUUUGGCCCCUGUUUCCCUUUCUACCUUCCCAGUUCUCACUGUUAUCAAAGCACCUUAUCCUUUCACUCUGCAAGAAAGGAGAGCAGAACCAGAGAGGGCCCCGGAUUUCCUCUAGGUGACAGAGCGAGUUGAUGGUGAUAGAUGAGGACUAGACUUUGUUGUGAGAGCCCUUGGCUUCAAAGGUGAAGUCCCUGUGGAUGAGGGUCUCACUCCCUUUUUGGGGGGUGGGUAAACUAGGUCAAGUUCGCCUACCAGGGCUACCCGUCCCAUCCCCCACCUCAGCCCUGAAAUUGUAGGAGCUAGUCUGUUGUGCAACUGUUUUACAGGGAGCUGGGUUCACCCUGACCAACCUUGAGCUAUUUUAAGGCUGCCCUGCCCAGGCGAGUGUGUGUCAGUGGGUGAGGGAGACAUGUGCCUCUGUAGACACUGGCAUGGCUUGUGUCAGGUCACACGUGUUCUGGGAGUCUCCCUUCUCCCACCCAGCCCCUGGCAGGCCAAACUAGGUUGUUUUGUUAGGGGUGUGGCAGGCAGGUCACCUUUUAAUUCUGCUAAUGCCACGGGAGCAGAACCCAUGGUUGGCAGUGUACCCAGAGGGCCAAAGUCCCUGAGUGGCCAGAAAACCAGCAUUGUCACCAGGCUGAGCUGGGGAAAGGGGAAUUCCAGGGCUGGAAGCUGGACAGUUUGUCCUCCUUCUCCUCCUCCUGCAGCUCAUGCUGCUGUCCUUCCUCCAUGCGGAGGUGGCGUCAUCACCUACAUUGGCUCCAGUGGCUCCUCCCCGAGCCGAACCAGCCCUGAGUCCCUCUACAGCAGCGACAGCUCCAACGGCAGCUUCCAGUCCCUGACCCAAGGCAGCCUCAGCACCUACUUUCCACCCUCACCCACCGGCUCACUCACCCAGGACCCUGCACGCUCCUUCGGGAGCAUCCCCCCCAGCCUGAGCGACGACAGCUCGCCUUCUUCCACCUCUUCCUCCUCUUCUUCAUCCUCCUAUAAUGGAAGCCCCCCAGGGGUUCGACAAGUGGCCAUGGAGGACAGCAGCCGAGUGUCUCCCAGCAAGAGCACCAGCAGCAUCACCAAGCUCAAUGGCAUGGUGCUACUAUGUAAAGUGUGCGGGGAUGUGGCCUCUGGUUUCCACUACGGCGUGCAUGCCUGCGAGGGCUGCAAGGGCUUUUUCCGUCGCAGCAUCCAGCAGAACAUCCAGUACAAAAGGUGUCUGAAAAAUGAGAACUGUUCCAUCGUCCGCAUCAACCGCAACCGCUGCCAGCAGUGUCGUUUUAAGAAGUGCCUCUCCGUGGGCAUGUCUCGAGAUGCCGUGCGUUUUGGGCGCAUCCCCAAACGAGAGAAGCAGCGCAUGCUGGCAGAGAUGCAGAGUGCCAUGAACUUGGCCAACAAUCAGCUGAGCAGCCAGUGCCCACUGGAGACCUCGCCCACCCCACACCCCACCUCUGGCCCCAUGGGCCCCUCGCCACCUCCCGCUCCAGCCCCCUCCCCACUGGUGGGCUUCUCCCAGUUCCCACAACAGCUGACGCCACCCAGAUCCCCUAGCCCUGAGCCCACCAUGGAGGAUGUGAUAUCCCAGGUGGCGCGGGCCCAUCGCGAGAUCUUCACCUAUGCCCAUGACAAGCUGGGAACCUCACCAGGGAACUUCAAUGCCAACCAUGCAUCUGGUAGUCCUUCAGCCCCCAACCCCCAGCGCUGGGAGAGUCAGUGUUGCCCUCCUGUCCCCGACGACAAUAACACCUCGGCUGCCCAGCAUCACAGUGAAGCCCUAAACGGUCUACACCAAGCCCCUUCCUCCUAUCCUCCCACCUGGCCACCUGGCCCUGCCCACCAUGGCUGCCACCAGCCGAACAGCAAUGGGCACCGUCUCUGCCCCACCCACGUGUACGCAGCCCCGGAAGGCGAGGCUCCUGCUAGUAAUACUCAGCAAGACAGCUCCAAGAACAUCCUGCUGGCAUGCCCCAUGAACAUGUACCCCCACGGACGCAGCGGCCGGACCGUGCAGGAGAUCUGGGAGGAUUUCUCUCUGAGCUUCACACCUGCUGUGCGAGAGGUGGUGGAAUUUGCCAAGCACAUCCCUGGUUUCCGUGACCUUUCUCAGCAUGACCAGGUCACCCUGCUGAAGGCUGGUACUUUCGAGGUGCUGAUGGUGCGCUUCGCCUCGCUGUUCAACGUGAAGGACCAGACAGUGAUGUUCCUGAGCCGUACCACCUAUAGCCUGCAGGAGCUGGGCGCCAUGGGCAUGGGAGACCUACUGAGCGCCAUGUUCGACUUCAGCGAGAAGCUCAACUCCCUGGCGCUCACCGAGGAGGAGCUGGGUCUCUUCACCGCAGUGGUGCUGGUGUCCGCAGACCGCUCGGGCAUGGAGGACUCCGCUUCGGUGGAGCACCUCCAGGAGACGCUGCUGCGGGCUCUUCGGGCUCUGGUGCUGAAGAACCGGCCCUCGGAGACUUCCCGCUUCACCAAGCUGCUGCUCAAGCUGCCGGACCUGCGGACCCUGAACAACAUGCAUUCCGAGAAGCUGCUGUCCUUCCGGGUGGACGCCCAGUGACCCGCCCGGCCGGCCUUCUGCCGCUGCCCCCUUGUACAGAAUCGAACUCUGCACUUCUCUCUCCUUUACGAGACGAAAAGGAAAAGCAAACCAGAAUCUUAUUUAUAUUGUUAUAAAAUAUUCCAAGAUGAGCCUCUGGCCCCCUGAGCCUUCUUGUAAAUACUUGUUCCCCUCCACCCCCAAUCGCCAAGCUUCCUGUCCUCCCCUAUUUAAACCACUCUGGCUCUCCUACCCUGACUCUGCGCCCCCCCCCCAUUUGCUCUGUUCCUGUCUCAAAUCCAAUAGUUCACAGCUGA